AUGGUCACGGCGUCCAGAUCCAACGGCGGUUUCGCCGAAGGCGAAGACGACAUUUUUGUGAAGGAGGAAUUUAAUCACAAAGGUUAACCUCGCUUCGCUCUUCCUGGCUGCAGAUACCUUGAUUGUAUAUGUUAGAGCAUUGGCGAAGUUGUGCCCCACCUAAUUCUUAGACUGGCCCCCUCUCUCCCACACGUGCUGCCUGUUGGUGUUUCUUGUAGGAUCCCUGAUGAUGUUAUUGUUAUUUAUUGACCCCCCCGACAUCUAAAAAUAGAUUAAAAUCUUUUGUAUUCUCGAGCCAAUGGGGUUUCUUGGGGUUAAUUCAUUUGGUGUUUAUAUUCUUUUUAUUGGUUUUUUUUUUUGUUGUCUGCUUAAGCGCAGAGAGGACAGUGAAUGUCGACGUCGGCAACACAAGUGAUAAUAAUAACGAACAGCAGCCCUCCACGCCACGAUCAAAGCAUUCUGCGACUGAGCAGCGACGGAGGACGAAAAUCAAUGAAAGGUGUGGCUUCUACUCAGUCCCAUCACAUGCGAUUCCCGCCUGGCUUUUGGUUCUUGAUAUACGUCAUGUAUAGCAUUACUCUUUGGUACGCUCAUUUACUUCUGUGUACAUCCGGAAGGUCCGUCCAUUACCCCGACCUGUUUCCCUCUCAUCAAUACUUAACAUGUUUCAGAUUUUGUAAAUGACGAAGUUUCCUUCUUUUCAAAUCAUUAUUUUCAGUUUCAGGGCUCUAUUCUUAUUAUUGAGAGUAUUCUCGUACCUUCGCUACCAUUCUUAUCUAAAAAGUUAGAUUUUGAAACCAAUCGUGCUUGUGUCUGGCUGUUCUUGCUCUCUCUCCUCUCUGUGUCAUGAUGCAAUAUUUUCCACAUGCCCGAUGAGCUCUAACAUCCUGGAUCGGAACUUUCUGUUGCAGACUCCAAAAACUUUAUGAUACAGUCAAUCAGAGAGAGAGAGAGAGAGCAAAGAAAGAUAAUUUUUUGAGGAAUCAUUGUGUUCUGGACUUAUAUCAUGAUUUAUAUUAGCAUAGUCAGUGCACUAUAUUUCUAUGUUGAGCUAAAAUAGAUUCCUUUGUGUAAGCAUUUGUCGGGGGGUUUUGGCGGUUGGUUCAUUGCAGUGUGUACUGUACAUGAAACAAGUCGUCCAACAAGAGUAAGGCCGGAUGCUGUUCUCCCUCCAAGAACGUCAGAGAACUUCCUUCAAAGAAAAUAUGAUAUCAGACUUUGGAAGCUUAGGCAGAAACCAGGUCAAGAAUGGACCUAUGUUGGUCAUAGAAAUUGAAAAUUCUUCUUGUAGACGCCAGAUUAAGCAGUGGCCUCGGAUAUUCUGUCAGCUUUGUGCUGCACAUCCGAUCUAACACUAUUUUCUUCGUUCAUAGACCAAUAUCUCGGCUGUCUGGGAUCAAUCUGCAGUAUUGCCCACAAAAACCUCCAUGGCCAACACUCGUAGUUUGCCAGAUGCUGGUCUCACCUUCCUUUUGGAUGUACCCAUUACUGCUGAUUACCAAUUCAGAUGCCCCCAAAACCAUAAUUUCCGUCUUCUAUGGAAUCUAGAUGAUCUGAUGGGACAAAGAGAUGGUCCAGGAAUUUUCACUUCCCCAGAGUUUUAAUUCCUUGAUCUCUCGUUGCAGGAAGCUAUCCGAUUCGCAUGUUGAGAGGGGAAGAUAUGCUUCAGAAUGCCUAAAAAAUUAUUAUGAAAACUCAAAACACAUUUUUUUAAUAUUUUUUUAAUGCUGUUUGUGUCUGAAAUCAGUGAGGGCAUACUUAUUAUUACAAAAGUUAACUGGGUAUUUCUCAUCUUUGCCAUGACAACCUUUUCGUGCAGAUUUCGAACCUUGAAGGAUCUCAUCCCGCCAAAUGAUCAGAAGAGAGAUAAAGCCUCCCUUCUCCUGGAGGUACCUUCUUCUGAACGCUUCAAUAUCCCCUGUCGACCCGCCCCCCACCCUCCCCUUCGGGAUUCCCUCUCGUUUUGAAGCUUGGGGCUGUCCAUCUAAUCCAGGUGAUUGAAUACAUCCGGUUUCUACAAGAGAAGGUUCAGACCUACGAGUCGUCGUGCCCAGCGAGGACCCAGGACGGCGCAAAGCUGACCCCAUGGGUAAGAAAGUAGUAAUCCGUGGCUCGGAAUCGAAUGAUGAAUAAAUGGUUAUCAUUUUGACUGCUCCUCGUCCUUCCUUUGCUGAAACAGAGAGCCAGGCAAGAUUCGGCAACGGCGGCGGCCGACCACCCUCCGCCCGCCCCCCCCAUUCUCCCCCUCCGCGGCGCCGGCCCGGCAGACCCCGACAGUACGUCUCUCUCUUUCUCUCCAUCGGCCACGCACCCCUUCUUCGCCUCUGCAUGGAUUCUAACAAGAGAGAGAGAAAGAGCUGACUGGGCUCCGAUGACAGGUGGCGGCGGCGGCGGCGGCGUAACCCCACAGCAGCAGGCUGCGCGAUGGUCUCCGAGUGGAGGACGUGAUGAGCAGGUGAUGAUACCCGCGGCCGACGAAGGGCUGUCUAAUCUCUCCACCUUGUACUCCCAAGGGUAGGUCAUCAUACCCUUUUAAGGCAUAAGAAUAAUAACAGCAACAACAAUUAUUAUACUAGUUAUAGUAACAAUGGUUAUUUUGGUUAUUAUUAUUGUUCUUGGGGCAGGUUGGUGACGAGGUUGACCCAGGCGCUGGAGGGCUCGGGAGUGGACUUGACUCAGGCGAGCGUGUCCGUUCGGGUGAAUCUGGGGAGGGGGGCCACGACGAGCCUCCCCGAGAUGCCCACAGCCGAGGUAGCCCGCGCAUCUUUUUUGGUUUUUGUUUUGUCGACUGACCCUCCCUUUUUUUUUUCUUUCUUUCUUUUUUUUUCUUAUCUUUUUCGCUAUUUACGUACGAUCCACUGAUUCGACCGUGGUUGUGAUGUUGUGCCAGGAGCAGACGGAGCCCCCGCCGGACCGGCCGGGCAAGCGACUCAAGCCCGACGCGAGCUGA